AUGGACACCACAGUUGCCAUUGUUGGCGGAGGGCCAUCGGGGCUCACCUUAGGCCUUUUCUUGGCUGAUCACAAAAUCAAGUCAAUCGUGUUUGAGAAGGAGCAGGACAUUGUGAUCGACCCCAGAGGCGUGGUUCUGACCGGUGAUGCCUUGCGCAGUCUCUGGAAACUGGGUAUCGGGAAGCACGUUGCUUCAAUUGGCCAAGAACUUUGCGCAAUCAAAUUCCACGAAACAAAUAUUCAAACCGAAUCCUUCUUAGUACUUGAUGUGGACAAAGACAUGAUGAAGCAUGCGCUCCCGACUACCAUCUUACAGAGCCAACCUCGCCUGGAACGAGCCUUACGGGAUAUGAUUGCGGCUUCCGAUUACUGCACUAUCCAAUCCUCGUGUGAAGUCAUGAACCGGAACGAAGACGCAGACGGAGUCACCGUCUACUAUAAAAACGCCGAGGGGAAUGACUGUCAAGUGAGAGCGUCAUGGCUCGUCGGUGCGGAUGGAAAAAGAGGCGUUGUCCGCAAGUACUUCUUGGAGCCGACCGCGGGCAUAAGGCAAGAGGCUGGCAUUUUCGAAUACGACAGCACUUGGAUCGCAGCUAAUUUGCACAUUAACCCUCCAACUGAGAUAACACACCCUGAUUUCCCGCUGUGGAAGCUUGGUUACGACUCUCAAGGAGUAUACGACUUAUUCUGGCCUGACGGCUGGCACUUCUGUCGGCCACCAGGGAAACCAACUGCCUGUGGUCGUUUUGGGCCCCAAGCAGAUCACCUCUGGAGACAUGAAUUUGCAACCCCAGAAUGGGAAGAUUCUAUGGACGCCGUCGAAAUGUUUUGGGAUCACCUUACGCCCAUGAUUACUCGACCCUUUACCUUGCCUGAUGGAACCGCAAAGUCCAUCACCUUUCCGACUGAUUGCAUCGAGAUUCUUCGCUGCCGCCCUUUCCAAUUCUCUCACAGAGUAGUAAACAAGUGGUUUGCUGGACGUACCGCUCUGAUCGGAGAUGCAGCGCAUGUUUUCCCACCCUUUGGAGGCCAAGGUGUUGCCACUGGAGUUCAAGAUGCAGAAGCUUUGGCCUGGAGAUUGGCUUUGAUGACAAGAGUUGGACAGUCGCAUCAUAUUUCAUCGUCUUUCAGGGAUAAACUUCUCCAGUCCUGGUCGUUAGAGCGACGAAUAGCUAUCGAUAACUCGGCUCGCUUAACACUUCAAAACGGAGAAUGGUGCAACAAGGAAGCCACCUGGUCUGGAGCCUUUCAUAUCGCAUUUACCAAACUGGCAUUGAGUGUUCUGCAACCGUUCAAGAUAAAGUUACCUCAAGUAACUGCGGAUGCUCGUGGUUACUCGAGCUGUCCCAGGGGAUCCUUUUCUUGUACUGCUGGUGGUGGGAUAAAGCUGGGUCAAAUAUAUGUCCUAACUUACCUUCCUAGCAGUGGAUCUGCCAUUAUUGAGCUAUCAGAUAAAGCUCUCCGUCGCGUGCCUACUAUCAUGACUUUACUCGUGAUCAAUUCCCCAAGCCUACAGGAUAAUGCAUUCCUGAAAAGCGUCUUCGAUCAGUACCAGAUUCACUCAGACGUUCUAUCUGCCAAGUCAAUUGUUCACUUCAAUUUUGCAAGAUCGGAUGUGCAAGGCUGCACAACAAAAGAGACAGUAUUAAUCCCUGCACCUAUAGACUUGCUCCAAGGGUAUCCGGUUCGUGUUGGAUAUGACGUUAAACAGUUCCAGCAAAGGUUGGGCGACUCCCGGGCAAAGUACAUCAUUCUCCGACCGGAUGGCAUUGUUUAUGCAAAAGCUAGAUCUCUAUCUGAUUUGAAGGAUUGCCUCAAAAACCUCGAGAUCCAUUUCCGUUAA